CUGUGCCUCCCCCCACUUCAGGACGAAAAUAUGUGGGGGGUUUGUUGUAUUUCAUAUACUAGUAAAUAAAAAUAAAAAUUUGGGGCUCGUGCUCCUCACUACAGACUACCCCCUGCACUAGAGAUUUUACCCAAUCCUUGUAUCAGGAUAUCUAUGUAUCAAUAUCUAUCGUCCCUACAGACCUAUGUACAUGUAUGAGACAGUUUAGACACAAACUGCUGGCCAUAAUAGAUUGACUGUAUUCACAGUGGUGCAGUCCACAGAAGAUUUGUGAUGGCCUAUCCUUGGUUUUUAAAUAAAAUGCAAUAAAUGAACACAUAACUUGUUUGAUUGGAUUUCUUAGAUGCAUCGGUCUGACUGAACCUGCAUUAAGGACAUGGAUGCUAAAGAAGUUAAGUUAGCCUUGAAAAACGCCCGGGAAGCUAUUCGUAGCAAAGACUUCAAAGAAGCUCUCAGACAUUGCAAGUCUGUGCUUGCUCACGACAAGACAAACUACAAUGCACUGGUGUUCGUGGGUGUCGCUGCUGAGGGGAUGGAGCAGUCCGACCAGGCUCUCAAGGCAUACAAAAAGGCGAUCGCUGAAUCUCCAGACCAGAUUCUAGCAUGGCAGGGUUUAUGUGGAUUCUAUGAGAAAAACAAAAAUCCAGAGAACGAUUCUGAUCUUGUACUGGUUUACGAACAACUAGUCAACAAGUUUUUUCUCAAUGAGAAAGAAAAGAGACUGGAGACUAUGAAAAAGUUAUCAGUGCUGUUGGCUUCUCAGAACAACACAGAGAAGGCUGUAGAGUGGUAUGAGAAGCUGCUGUCUGAAGAAGAUGAUGAAAGCAAGAGACUGGAAAACCUGCUACAGCUGUCGUCCCUGCUCGAGAAGCAGAAAUCACUGAGGUCACAACAGGAAGUCCUUCUACUCAAGACAUACAGAGAAGCUCUAUCACUGCCUGAAUUCCCCGACGACGAGGUGAAGAUCCAGAAAUACCUUGACCUUGUGUCAAAGAACUGUGACAGCAACGACUUGCAAGGAGAGAGUAGCCGACUUCAUCAUCGUUUUCCGUCUCUGUCAGCUCCGUUACAGACAUGGCUGCUGCUGCUGUUGGACAAAAACAUAGGUUCUGAGAUGGAUGACGACCACAUUAUUAAACUAUGUGAGAAAUUAAAAACAACUGAAAGUGGUAGUGACACAGCAGUUGGACAUAUCGCUAUGGGUUACACCGCACUGCGAAGCAAGAAACUCAUACAGGCCAGGGAUCAUCUGCAACAAGGCAUUGAUCAAGAUCCGUCUGUUGUCUGUGGAUACCACUUCCUGGCCAUAACGUUGUUCACUCUUCAUGCAGACUCGGCCUGUGUAAAGACGUGUCAAGAUGGUUUGAAGAUGCUGGAAAACAAACAGAGAAAGUUAACAGUUUCCAGUGCCAUCGUACAGACAUCCUUGCCCUUGAUUCAAGCCAAAUGUUUCCAUCGUAUUGGAUCUCCAACUUGUCUUGAUCAAGCAGAAGAAAUUCUACUCAAGAUAAAGGAUGAGAAAGAGGAUGCGUCUCAUUUCUGUCUGGCUUUAGUGUACAUAGCUAAAACAGAAAGGGAAAAGGCAGAGAAUUGCAUUGCGUCUUCUUCAUUGGAUGAAGGAAAGAAACUAAUCAUCCAGGGUUGGAUACAUUUUAUGUCCGAUCAGUUUGAAAAAGCUUUAAAAAGUUUUGAAGAAGCUGUGCUCCUGGAACCAAGUAACAGCGACGCGUAUUACAUGCUGGGCCGAACGCUGUGGGAACUCAGAACAAACAAGGAGGUGGAGAAGUCGAGAGAAAGAUGCUUCACGGCAUUUCUUAAGGCAGCCAACCUUGAUCCCUAUAACAGUCAAGUUUUCUUGUAUCUGGGUCAUUUCAACGCAGAAAUUCAGAAUGAUAAAGUGAAAGCUAAGAAAUGUUACCAGAAGGCGUUUGAUCUCGACAACACGAACGAGGAAGCUGGGGCUGCCGUCUGCGACAUGAUGGUUACUAUUGGUGACGAGGAAGCAGCAAGAAAUCUGCUUCUGUCGGUGACAAACAGCUCUAGUGCUGGAUGUGGUAAGUGGGCGUGGCUGCGUCUGGGUCUGUACCAGGUGAAACACGAAGAUCCGUCUCUAGCCAUUCGAUCCUUCCAGUCGGCUCUACGAGCAGAUCCGACAGAUCAUCAUGUGUGGGAGUGUCUUGCUGAAGGUUACCUGCACCGAGGAAGUUACACUGCUGCACUUAAAGCAUUCACCAAGGCAGCAGAGCUUGAUCCACAAUCCAUGUACAGUUUAUAUCAGAUAGCCAGCAUCAAACAAACCUUGGGAGAACUGCCAGAAGCUGUUGAAGACUAUAAACAAAUACUGACAUCUUCUCCAAAUUAUGUCCCAGCGUUGAAGGGACUGGGAGAAACAUAUUUACUGCAUGCUAGACAACAUCUGUCUCGGUAUCUCAAUGAUCUCGCCCGCGAUGACUGUCAGGCGGCCAUUUUGUACCUCGUCAGAGCUGCAGGACAGAGACCAGAUUUCUGCUGUCUGUGGAAACUUCUCGGUGAUGCCUGCACAGUUCUACAUCCUCUAGCCUCCCAGACAUUCAGCAUUGAAGUUCCAGUAAAACUGACAUCCAACACAUCUAAGGAUUCUAAAGCAAUGUCUGUGAUUGGUAAACUGGAGCUGUUACAAGUGGGAGCAAGAUGUUACGGCAGAGCACUGAAAGGUAUGCCAGAUUCCGAUUCGUUGUGGCAUGACCUGGGGGUCAACUAUUUCCACCAAUCGGUAGAGACCAGUGAUGAUAGUGCUGCAAAAUCAUUGGCUGAAAAAUCUGCCCAGGCUCUGAAGAAGUCUUUGAGUUUGGACACUACUGACUAUCGACACUGGAAUGCCCUAGGUGUUCUUGCUUGUACUAAAUAUUACUACAAACCAGAAUUGGCACAGCACUGUUUCAUCAAAUCUAUCGAAGUAGAAAGUAAUAAUGCCAUUGCUUGGACAAAUUUAGGAGCUCUGUAUUUGAAAGAAGAUAAUGUUACGUUGGCACACGAAGCGCUCAAGGUAGCACAGAGACUGGAGCCAUCGUAUGUGGCGUGUUGGAUUGGACAGGCUCUCGUUGCUGAGACGGUCAAUCACGCAGAAGCUAUGGAUCUGUUCCGACACACCACCGAGCUUGGAAACCACCUAGAGGGCGCCAUCGGGUAUGGUCACUGGGUGUGUAGCAUGCUGAAAGAUGUUGAACUCCAGAACACGGAAUUGUUCCAGUACAGCAUAGAACACAUGGCGGCCAUCCCUACAGCUUCUGAUGCCCUCACCCGAUACACAGGUCGUGUGAAGACUGACCCAGCUGCUUACAACAUGCUGGGCAUGCUCCUGGAACACCAAGGUCUUUUUUCACUGUCGGCUCAAGCUUACAAACGAGCCUGUGACCUUCUUGAGCAGCUGGAUGCAGAUAGCGAUCAACAAAAUAUGGCUAGAUUGAAUCUUGCCAGAGUUUUAUGUGAAAGUCAUGACUAUGGUGAGUCUAUUGCCGUGUAUCGGUCUCUUCCUGCUCUGGACACCUCAGACGAUCUCUGUUAUCUCGCACUGGCAUUAUACAAACAUGGACAGAUUCAGGAGAGCUUCAAAGUGUACGAGGAAGCGUUGCUGAAGGCAGAGUCUGAUGAAGACAAGUCUCACAUCUACGCAGCACUCGGUAUGGUCCACUACAAGGUCAACGACCUCCAGAUGGCCAAGUCGGCUUUGUUCAACAGCUCCCAGAUGAGUCCGCCCUCUGCCAUUGGUCUUCAGGCUCUCUGUGCUCUUGGUCUCGUCCAAUCAGAUUGGACCCUGGCCACAGCUGUUCUCCAAGAAAUCACCAAUUUGAAAUUAGGAGGAGCAAACAUCCACAAGAUUGCUUGGUUGAAGGCCAUCUGCCACACAUUGCAGGGUAAUGUUUCAUCUGCCAAGAGUCAUCUACAGAAGACUGUUCAUAAGCACUCGCAGCAUGCCGGAGUUUGGAAAGUGCUGUCGGAAUUCCUCAUCCGAUUUUACCCCGAUGUCGGAAAAACUAGCACCUCUUGUGCUAGAGUGUCUGAACACUUGAACAGGUCACUAGAUAAGUUUAUUCCGACACUAUUAACCCUUGCACAGCUGCAGGGCGGAUGUCAUCAUCAACGAGAUGCCAAUAACAAUGUCCUGAGUUCUGCACAGCGAGCACUGCACAUGUAUCCAGACAGUAUUCCAAACCUGUGUACAGUGGUGGCUGCCAUCCAUGCUGAAGCUGUAAUACAAAUGAGUUCUGGCAAAGGGACACAACUCUUCCAGAUGCAAGAUCAUUAUAUUGACAGAGUGCUCGGUGCAGGUUGCAGUUGCCAGAUAAAGGUGUGGUGUCUCAAACUGAAGGUGAUCGGCUUGAUUCUAAGAGAAGAUUUGUCCGAGGCUAAACACACUUUACAACAGCUCGAAGGGAACAUUGACGAUAUGUCUACGAGAUGGUUUGUUGCUGUUAUGUCGGCAGUAAUCACUGGUGACCUCAGUGCUGUCCAUAGUCAAGUUGAAGAGCAGAAAACUGACUUAUAUUUGUGGCAGGUUCUGACUCAGAUGUAUGUAAGUAGAAAGAUGAUCGUAGAAGCCGACUCGGUCAUCAGAUUGUGUCUGCAGUCAGCCAGAUCUCACAGCAAAAAGCAAGUUCAGAUGAUGUCAUUGCUGAAGCUUGCCUCCUUGCCUUUUCAACAGAUCAUGACUGGACAAGGCAAGGUGGAUGACAUGAGGAGUUUUUUUGACGAGGCAAUGACAGAAGUGUUGAAGAUAAACCGCGAGUCGUCGGCCACUCUGUUGAUGCUCGCUGUGCUGGCACUGAAUGACAACGUCAGACUAGCCAAGAGAUAUUUCCAGCAGAGUUAUGAUGCAGCAAACAUUCAUGACAGUCUACAGCUUGGUAGACAGAUUGCCAGAGGUCAGCUUGUUAAGAUUCUCUACCAGUCGGGAAAGGAUUCAAGUCUUCUCCAAAAAUUGUUGUUAGAUGCCUCUGAGUGUGAUGACCUAAAAACUCUACAAUUGUACAAGGAACUACAACAUCUACAAUAAAACCUGAAGACAGUGAACGCUCCACAAACUAAUUUACUUUAUAUUGGAGACUUUUGUCACUCAGGGGCCAAGUUCGACAAUGCCUCUGCACCCCUGUCAAUUAGUCUGAGGGGUGCGAACCACCGUGCUCCUCAUUUGAACAAAUUUCACUUCAAAUUAUUGUAGAAUAGUUGGUGGAUGUUUGAAAAAGUUAAUCAAGAUUGAUGAAAUUCAAAAUUUGAAUAUAUGACAUAGCUGAAAGAAGCUAUUACCGUAGUUGUUAUUGGUGAAAAAUAACUGAGGGUUAUUCCUUUUAAGUGUGGGAAGAACAAUUUUAUUAGUUUAUUUGUUUUGAAAAUAAAUAACAAUGGAUCAGAGUUACAAAUCAAUCACUCGUAACCUGAUCAUGAUUAGGGAAACGGUUCAUAAAUAUUUUUCAACAAAACUUUUUUUAAACGGUCUUAUUCUAAGUAAGGUGUUUUUUUGUCUAACAGAGCCUUUUUUUUUCGACUAAAACUACACAUACCCUAGUUUCAACCUGUGAUAAUUAACACUAAGUUUAGUUAAUCUACAAAUCUGUAACACAUUUGGAUAAAGUUACAAAUGAGAGAAACAUGAACCUGUGACUUUGAAAUGGUAAAAUACUCUCUAAAACUAGACUAAAACUUAACUCCAUAACUGUUACUUCUCAGACACACUUGCGUUUUAAAAAUAUGAGAAAUGCAUUUUGUGAUAUUAAAAACACCAGGAUGACCAAAAACACUUCAGAAUCUGUUUAGAUAAUCUAAACAAU